AUGCCACCACGCCCACCAGCAACAUCAGCCGCAGCAUCGGCAUCCCGUGGACAAAACCAAGCCCGAGGGCGUGGACGCGCACGAGGCCGGGGUGGUGCGUCCGCUUCCGGCGCGACGAGAGGAAGAGGCGGCGGAGCUAACGGAGGUACACCCUCACGAGGCCGGGGAGGAGGUGCUGCGCGGGGGAAGAAACGGUCGCUUGCUGCUGCGGAGGAGGAGGAAGACGGGCAAGGGGAAGGAGAUGGGGAAGUGGUGGAAGUGGAGGAUGAUGAACCGGAGGGAGUAGUGGAUGAUGAGGAUGAGGAUGAUGAUAGGGGACGGAUUCCGCCGGAGUUGUUGACGAGGAUAUUACAUUCGUUUUUUGAGAAAGAGGGGACGAGGAUUACGAGGGAUGCGAAUGCUGCUGUGACGAGGUAUAUGGAUGUGUUUGUGAGAGAGGCUAUUGCGAGGGCGGCGGUGGAGAGAGAAGGGGGGUUUUUGGAGGUUGAGGAUUUAGAGAAGAUUGUCCCGCAGUUGUUGAUGGAUUUGUGA